UAUAGGAGGAUCACUCCACACUCAGUGAAGGACGAGAGAGAGAGAGAGAGAGAGAGAGAGAGAGAUGCAGGUAUUAACUGGAGGUGGGAAGGGAAGCGCAAUCGUUGUUGGCCGUCGGGACGCUAAACGGACAGGAGGGGAUGCCAGCUGAUGGCUUUCUUUCUUCUUCCUAUGAGAACUCGCCUCUUCCUCAUCACGGAGACGCAGGUGUAGCCUCUUUAUCCUCCCUCCAGCUUACUCCUACCCGUUCCAAAUUUCCAUGCGCCGCGCCUCUCCUUUCAAGUCACCAAAAAAGGAAGGGUUUUACGCGCCGGAGUGGGAAGAAUAACAUCAUGUUAAAUGAAAUGUGGCGGGUCUCUAUUGUGCGCCGCCCGUUACCGCCGUUGUAAAUGUGAUGCCGGUGGUCUGCAGCCAGCACAGAUGACUUGAACCGGGCGGCAGAGAAGAGGCGGUUGCAACUACAGCACUUGUUUCCAUAAAGAGAAGACUUACAGAUAACCAUGGCUGACCAGUACAGUAUGUUUCUCACCACGGCGGCCCCCCUCCGACGUGGAAGCACACCCCUGCCUGUCAAACACCAGCUGCGGAGGGAAGAGGCAGUAUCCGAGGACUGCGAUUGGAUCCCAGGCUUGGAGGAGCCUGCUACAUUGCCUAUCAGUGACACAGCGGUGCCUCGGGAUGAGUCCUUCAGCCAAUCGGCAGCUGCCCAGUCAGUUUACCACAGCCACGGCGGGGCACUGAGAAUAGUGCUAUUGGGACAGAAUGGCGUGGGCAAGUCGUCGCUAGCCUUAUCUCUGGCUGGGCAGUCGGACAGAUCGCUCUCUAUAGACUCUGAGACACAAGCAUGUGGUGAAGGCUAUGAGUGCACAGUGACAGUCGACGACGAGGACAGCAAAGUCAUAAUUUUCGACAACUGGAAACAGGACCUGUCCACUCUGCAGUGUGAUGUGUGCAUCCUGGUCUUCUCAGUGACUGACAGGCGAAGUUUCCACCGUACCGCCCAACUCCGCCUCCUCCUCAGGGAGUCCCAGCCACAGACACCAAUCAUCCUUGUGGGCAACAAGAGCGACCUAGUCCGCUCGCGUGAAAUCAGCUCAGAGGAGGCCCAAUCCAGCGCCAUGAUGUUUGACUGCGUCUACAUGGAGCUGUCAGCAUCCCUGGACCACGGCACCAACGAGCUGUUGGAGGCCGCAGUUCGGACCGCAAGAGGUGACUGCGUGGGCCCAGGCUGGACUGACGGUGACCCCGGGGCGGGCCGCAGGGAGAGCCUGACCAGCCGGGCGAAGCGUUUCCUUGCGGGGCUGGUACCACGCUCAUACGGUCGAGAUCGGGACCGGGAUCGGGGUCGCUACAGGGAGAUGAGCCGCCAUCGGGGCAGCAAGAUCCUCCGCCAGAAGUCCCGUUCCUGCCACGACCUCAGUGCACUGUGACACAAACACAAGCAUGCAUACACACAGUCAAAGAGACACACUCCGACACAUGUACACACACACACACACACACACACACCAGACUGAAGGAUAUGGGGAAGGGGGAGGUGCAAAGGAUGGAGGAGAAGAGAGUAAAAUGGAAAUAAAAGAAAGAGGAGCAGAUGUCUAAAUGGAAAAGCAAGUAGAAAGACAAUUAAUGCGGGUGGAAGGAGAGAAACUUUGCAAUGGCGGAUAAAGGUCAAGGGAGGAAAAAAGGGAGAGAAAGUGUGUGUGGGGGGUGGGGAUCAGCCCGGAUCACAGCGCUGAACUUUCAUCUUCUCCCUAUUAGUGAAUCCAAUUUUGAGAGAGUUAGAAGCCGUGUUGGAGAGAAGAAAAAAAGAAAACGAGAACGAGAUAAGGAGGUGAGCAGCACGGGUGAAUCAGCGAGCACUCAUUACCUGAUGAGAGCAGGAGAGGGAAAAUUAGUGACAGUGGGUAGAGUCACAUCAAGAUGCUAAUUGGAUGUGUGGUGAAAUGAGAGGGUGGAGCGGGGUGGGUGGGGGCGUUCACGAAUAAAUACACAAGCAAGUAGCACGCACUGAUUAUGUAGAGACUGAUAGCAAUCUAAUGUAUACCUAUUGUAAACCCUGUUUUCUAGCAUGCCGAGUAGACGAUCUAAGACAUGACCCUGUAGGUUUUACAGUUAUAUGAUACUGGUUUGACUGUACCUCAGUGGCCAAUAGCUACUGCACAAUCUAGCAAUGCCAUCUCAAAGGCAAGACCCUUUAUUUAUAAAAAAAUAAAUAAAAAUAAACCCUCUGCGCAUUUUGUAAAUCACACUCUCCACUUCACACUGCACCCACCACCACCACCAUCAUGUGUGUCCCGUACUGAUUUGAAGAAGACACACCACCAUACGUUCAUCUGUGAUUUUUAUACAAGGUUAAAACAUCAGUGCCCAAGCCAUAUUUACGCUGAGUGCGUCAUGAGCGAUCAGCGCAAAGAACCCUUUACCGCAGGAUGUGGAGUGAAAGAAAAAAGGUCAAAACGGCUAUGAGGACGUUAGCACGGAUGACCGGACUGAACUUUUUCUUUCAAUAGAAUCUGAGUCACAGAACACUGGGAUGUUCUCGAAGCACAGGAGGACAAACAAGAGAAAACCUAAUCUACCUGUGGCUGUUUGAUGUUUUCAUUUUUUUCCUCUUUUUACCCGCUGGCAUUAAUAUGUAUGUUGAGACUGAAUUCUGUGGGGGCUGGCCACACAGGUGACCCAAAUAUAGAACGUUCUGGAAACGUUGUUCGGAUAUCUCGUCAAAGCGUGGUGCCGUCACUGACACAUGCUCACUCGUUUGUCACAUCUACCAAGCACUCUCAUCUUUCCACUGAUAAUAAAUUCAUUUUCUUUGUUUGACAUCCUAAA